UUGUUAACAAGUAGCCCAUAGGCUACUGGUGUUAUGUUCAAAGGUGGGUAGUGCUGGUUACAUACACAUGAGUAACUUUUUUGGAAAAAAGGUUAAAAAAAGAGUAGUUUUACUGAACAGUACCUUUUUCUUUGACUUGAGUAAUAUUAUUAUUGCUACGUAGAUUCAUUCCCCCCCUUAUCCCCAACUGCCAUGUGUCCGAUUGACCCAUUGACCUGCAUGUGAGUAUUUUGGUGGCAGUUAAAGGGUUAAACUCUUCUGGAGGCUUGGCUCGUCAUGGAUUAAUCGGUCAGCUUUAAAAUUAAUACUCAAGCAAAAAAUAUCAUUAAGAAAUGGGCUCUAAAAUUUUAAUCAACUUAAAAGCGUGAAAAGCAAGUGAAGUGUAAAUGCAGACAUUACAAAAGCGUUCAGAAAAGCCAGAGACCCAUUUAUCAUUAAAGCCUCGCCUUCAGGGACGGGUUGAAAAACUUUGAAUGUGUUGCGGUGAGCAGAAAGUAGACAGAAACAGUCAGGCCCCUAACAGGAUACUUGAUAACAGCAGAGAGGGUCAUGGCUGUUGUGUUGUUGUUGGCUUGUAUUGUAGUCCAGACCCACUUCCUCUCCGCCCCUCGACCUCCAGACAGAGCCCCUCCUCACCCACCAGCCAUUAGCAAAUUCAUCAAACUCCGUCGACCCCCAGAGCAAAAACAAGCAUUAAUGCAGAUAAAUCCUCUGCAACAAGCUGACUGCUGAGGUUACGGCUGUGAAGUUUUAUGAACGAUGUGGAACUUUCAAAACCUGCAGCUCAUGUUGUGCACAGCUCUGAGUUGUGUGAGCAGCGCUGCAGGUUUGAUCUCUGUGUUUGGAUAUGAGGGGAGCGAUGUGACGGUUUCCUGUCCAUAUGAUCCAGGAUAUGAGAGAUACCAGAAAUACCUGUGUAAGAACAGCUGUAGUUACAGUGAUUUUCUUAUCAAAUCAACGCAGGGAAAUAAAACCAAAUACUCCGUUUAUGAUGACAAAAGAACAAGAGUCGUUGCAGUAACCAUCUCUGAUCUUCAUUUUGGUGAUACUGGGGAAUAUUGGUGUGGAGUGACCAGAGCAGGAAAAGAUAUCUACACUGAAGUAAAGCUGGAAGUAAAAGCAGACAGAUGUUGUGACAAAGUGAAUAAAACCCAAAGUAUUGAGGAAGGUUCAGUGACCAUCAGCUGUCCGUACGACUCUCAGUCUGUCAACAAGCUGAAGUUCCUCUGCAGAGGAAACCGGCCCUCCACAUGUCGACAGCAGGCAGUGAUCACCUCUAGCAACACACAAAAUGGACGAUUCAGACUCUCUGAUGACAGGAAGUCAAGAAUAUUCACAGUGACCAUUUCCAGUCUGACCCUGAAGGAUUCUGGGUCGUAUCUUUGUGGAGUCCAGAGAAACUCAGGAUUUGAUGUUUUCUCUGCUGUUGAGCUAGAGGUCAAAGCAGAGUCGUGCUGCGCUAAGUCAAAAAACAUGAGUGGAGUAAUGGAGCGUAGUGUAACCUUCCAGUGCCCUUAUGCACCCCAGCAUCCCAAUGACACAAUGUUCCUCUGCAAGGGAAACAGAGCCAGCAACUGCACAGACAUGAUGGAUGAAAGUAGGUUUAUUCUGAGCGAUGUUUCCUCCAGCUCUUUCUCUGUGACGGUCACAAAGCUGGAAGCAGGAGAUGCUGGAACGUACUGGUGUGGCUCAGGCCCAGAGGCGAAUGUUGGAAACUACACCCGCUUUCAUCUUUCUGUAGAUGCGACUCUCCACCAACUUUCAGAUCCAGCUUUCUAUGCCCUGUUUGCUUUAGCUGCUGCUGAUGGUGACAUUCGUCCUAGUUAAAGUUUACAAGAAUAAAUGUCACAAAACAUUGAAAGAAAGAGAAGUUUCCAGAUGAAGAAUCUAAACGUCAUUUUGCAGAUGUUUUAGAGGACGUCUAAAACAUCUGCAGACCAAAGCUUCGUCUGCAGGGGCUAUGGGAUCAUAUGAAAUAAUGUUCACUGGACUAUUUAAGCCUAAAUUAACGCAAUUCAUUAUUUAAGUACUCAGAUAAAAUUUUUAGGUCUUAUUUUAGAACAAUUUUCAUUCAAAAAGUGUGUUUGUGAGAGAAAACAAACAGAGGAAAAUAAAUACAAAUAGUUGAACCAGCAAAAUAAAAUAAUUAUCUCACAAUGUCAAACUAUGUACAACUGAGGAAAUGCACUUGCAUAUGUAAUAAUGAAUAAAACAUGACAGGAAUAAACAGUGUAAAAAUGUCUAAACUCUAAACUGCACACCUAAACGAUAGAAUAAAGUUUAAGAAUAAACUGGAACUUUGAAUUAAAAUGUAUUCAUGAAGAUGGCUCAGUGUCCAGUGAUGACAGGAAGGCAACAAUAUUCACUGUGACAUUUUCCAAUCUGACUCUGAAGGAUUCUGGGUCAUUUUUUUUUGAAGCAUGGCACUAUGGGACAUACUGCAACCUUCCAGUGUCAUUGUCCACCUCAUCAUCGUAACAAUAUGAUGUUCCUCUGCAAAGGAGACCAGAGCAGCAUUUCUUAUAAGGGUAUAUUCACACUGCACAAUGUUCAGAGCACGGUGAUACAAAUGUAGACUAAAAGGAAUAAUACUGUAGUUUACUGAUGUAGAAAAUUACAAUUAUGUCACACCUGCUAGUUGUAUUGCUAUAUGUUUAUUCUAAGUUCUGUAUAUUCCCACCAAGUUAAAGCUGUUUGGGUUACAUGCACAAGGUUGGACGUUGUUUUUCCCCAGCUGCAUGGGAACCAGUCUGAUUCCCAGGCUUUGGAUCCCUUAUCCCUUUGUACAAAACUCAUGUGUUGGCUCUGCCUGGCAGAGCUUUCCGUUUCAGACUUGCUUCAUUAUUGACUGUCCUGUGAGCUCUCUGAGUUGUGCACAAUUCAUGAAUAAACCUGAUUGAGUGAUUUUA